AUGAUUACAGGUUACAUAUCCUUACUUGUGUUACAUAUCCUUACUUGCCGUCGGCGUCACCACAGUCAGAGGUCGAUGGAGGAGGAGGAUGAUGCAGCGAUGGAAGACCCUUUGUUGGAUCAGCACUACGCAAUAGAGGUGCAAGGAGGAAAUUUUACCUGGCACUUGAACAAAGAGGAGAUAACUCUCAAAGAUAUAUCUGUAAGAAUACCCACAGGCAAGUUGACAGUAAUUGUGGGCCAAGUUGGAUCUGGCAAGUCUUCUCUACUGUCUGCCUUUUUGGGGGAGAUGAUUCAAGUCUCAGGGAACAUGUUCAAAGCCAGGAAUCUCAAUGUUGCCUAUGUGUCUCAGAGGCCUUGGCUUCUCAAUGCUUCACUGAAGGACAACAUUCUCUUUGGAAAACCUUUUGUAUGGCGCAAGUACAAGAAAGUGAUCUCAGCUUGUGCCUUACUGCCAGACAUCGAACAGCUGCCUGCCGCAGACAUCACUGAAAUUGGAGAGAAGGGUGUCAACCUGAGUGGUGGACAGAAACAGAGGGUCAGCAUUGCCAGGGCCCUGUACUCCGAGGGGGACACUGUCUUGUUGGAUGACCCUUUGUCCGCCCUGGACAGCCAUGUAGGCAAACAUGUGAUGGAGGAGGCAAUACUCAGAAGAAUGGUCAAGCGAAACCGCACGGUCAUUUUGGUCACUCACCACGUACAAUAUCUCACCCAUGCUCAUCAGGUGAUUGUAAUGGCUAAUGGGCAUGUGCACUUUCAAGGAAAAGUUGGAGAAGUGAAGAAGUUUGAUCCUGAUCUUUACGAUGUUUGGAGGAAGGCGAUCAGAGAUGCCAAGGCUACUGAAUUCAGCCAGAAAUUUGAUGCCGGCAGCUUGUUGAACCUGGAGAGGAAACACAGCGGAGGCAGUCAGGUCAGUCAUGAUACUAUGCCACGCCCUGCCUCUACCCAGUCUCAGCUGAGCGUGCCUGGGCUUCCCGGGGGCCUCCAGGGAGGCAGGAAGAUGUCAGCCAUGUCUGUGAUGACUGAGGCCAGCAACGAGGAUGCUGGUGAGGACAGCAUGCUUGCUGACGCUGACGGGGAAGUUAAAGCACUUCCUGAAGAGAAAGGCAAGUUAAUUAAACAGGAGUUCCGAGAAACCGGAGCUGUGAAAGUGAUGGUCUAUCUCCGAUACCUUCAAUCCUGCUCUAUCAGUUUGUGCUUGCUGUCCUUGUUUUUACAGGUAAAGUGUGUACCAUUCUCUGAUUGUCAGUUUGAUUGUUGUCCACUACAGAUUGUGUACCAUUCUCUGAUUGUCACCUCCAACAUUUGGCUGUCUCUAUGGGCCAGUGACUCCAACAUUUAUGAAAGGAACAUGUCCUUACUGGCAUCUACUUAUGGCAAUAUAACUCUAGAGGUAAGUUCUCCUGUUUGUCAACAUUGUGUUUUCAGUCAUUCAUCUUUUGACAAUACUCCAUACCUGAUGACCUACAUCUACCUGUCCCUGGGCGCUGUGCUGGCCACCUUCGUUGGAUGCCUGGUCAUCUACUACAUGGGAUUUGUUGGCUCCAAGAACCUCUUCGUCAACAUGCUAGUUUCUGUCAUACAUUUACCUAUGAGAUUCUUUGACACUAACCCCAGUGGAAGAAUACUGAACCGCUUUUCUGCUGAUAUAGUGGCCAUUGACCAGCGCCUGGGUGGCCAUGUGGAGAACCUCUUGAGGUGUACCCUAUUCACAAUAUCGGCUGUUCUAGUCAAUUCCGUCACAACACCGUAUUUCCUGUUUGCCGCUGUGCCCUUCUUUAUUCUCUACUACUUCUUACAGCGGUUUUUCCGAGCUACAGCCAGAGAACUUCAGAGGUUAGACAGCGUCACAAAGUCUCCGAUAUUUUCACAUACGAUGGAAACACUCAGCGGACUGCCCGUCAUUCGAGCAUAUGGUGUCCAGUCAGAUUUCAAACGGCGAGCCUUCAAAGCUGUCGACUGUAAUGUGACUCCCUUCUUGUUCAUACACACGGCCAAUCGAUGGCUGGGAAUUCGUUUGCUAGAUGCUAUCAGAAGUGCCUGUCUUGUUCUGCUGGUGUUCAUUUCAUGUAUCACAUACAUGUUGAUAGUGAGUGCUUGUUUUGUUACAUGUAUCACAUACACAUUGAUGGUGUCUGGCCAGCUGAACUGGAUUGUGAGAAUCUCCACUGAGGUGGAAAUGAGCAUGAAUGCCGUGGAGAGGGUUUUAGAAUAUGCAGACAUGGAGAAGGAGCCCUCAAUCGUAUCACCAGCUGGCCCGGUAACGGUUCCAGAGUCGUGGCCCAGUACUGGCAGGAUCGAGUUCAGACAAGUGUCCUUGAGUUAUGCCCCUGAUGAGGACUUGGUUCUUCACCAUGCAUCUUUUUUGAUAGAAGGAGGGGAAAAGAUUGGAAUUUGUGGCCGCACAGGUAGUGGCAAGACCUCAGCAACACUGGCCUUGUUUCGCAUGCUGGAUAUUAUUGAAGGCACAAUCCUCAUCGACGAGCUGGACAUAACCAGGGUGGACUUGUCCACCUUGAGAUCCCGGCUAGCCAUCAUACCACAGGACCCCGUCUUGUUUACUGGGUCACUCAGAUUUAACCUAGAUCCAAACAAGAGGCGCUCAGAUGAAAGGCUCUGGUCAGCCCUUGAGUCUGUUCAGUUAAAGGAAUUUGUUGCUGCACUGCCGGAUCAGUUAGACUCGGAUGUCGUUGAAGGAGGGGAGAACUUCAGUGUUGGCCAGAGACAGCUACUGUGUAUGGCUAGAGCCUUCUUGUGUGACUCCAACAUCUUGAUCAUGGAUGAAGCCACAGCCUCCAUCGAUACUGAGACGGAUAACCACAUCCAGGCCAUUAUCCACAGCCCAGCAUUGCAGAAUAAAACCAUUAUUACCAUAGCUCAUCGACUGUCCUCAAUCAUCAACUACGACAGAGUCAUGGUGCUGGAAUUUGGUGAGGUGAAGGAGUUUGCUUCUCCCAGAGAAUUGCUAGCAGAUGUUAGCAGCAUCUUCUACAGCCUGGUCCAUAGCGGCUCUGAGUGA